AUGUUUCAAAUAGGGAAUAGAAAAUUUAAAGUCAAUGUUAGUGGUGGGCAUGUCCUUUGCGGUGAUAAUUCAAGAAUGGAUGUCACAUACAGAACAGGUAGGGAAAUUUUUUUUCAAGAAAUUUGUUUCAGUUUGAAUAUGUUGAAUUAAGGGAGAUAUGUAGCAGCUAUAGAGAGUAACGAGAUCAGGUAAAUACAGUUCACUUUGGCUUAAUUAACCCUUUACACCCAAACAUCGACAUAAAUAUUCUCUAAGUGUCAUUUCCUUUAUUUCCAUAAACAUACUGUUGGAUUCAACUGUAAUUCUAAUAGGGGAAACUAGACGCUAGAGAUGAAACAGUUCAUGUACAUAUGUAUUAAAGCAAAGAUAAUAUAAAAAAAAUUAUUCAUUUUAAGUCUGUCUUAAAAAAAUUGAACCUUAAAUCCUUGAAACUUUUUUACUAUUAUUUUUAAAGGUAAUAAAACAAGAUAUCACACAUUGUCAUCAAAAUCAACUUUUGCAAAAAUUACUGGUCCAGGUAAUACAUAGUCUUAUUAUUCCAUGGUAAAAAGUGCUUACCACCCAUAAUCUUAGCUUACUGAGAAAUUUCUUAUGUUUGGUAUAUGCUGAAUUAAGAGAUUUUGGUUCCAGUCCUAGGCCAGGUGCAUCAGCUCUCUCAGUGCUGCUCUCUACCUAGUAGUAUAAAUGUGAACAGCAAAUAUUAAUUAAUAAGGAAAAUAGACAGUGUUUUCUUAUUCAGUUUAACUCUCAUCAUGUUACCUUCACAGGAGUCAUAGAUUUUCCAAUGUUGUGCGCAUAGAGAUUUCUGAUCAAAAAGUGUCAUUUUGAGAUAUUCUGAGACCCCAUAUAGUAAAAGAGGAAAAUAUAAUAGGCAUAUAUAUAUGGAUAUGUGGAAUUUUAAACUUAGAGUGCUCUAAGGUAGUCACUGUAGGUAAGGGAUCAGAGGAUCAAUAUUAUUCUCAUUGUGUGGAUUGCAGUCACAGCUCAUUACCAACAGGAGUUUUUGAUCAAUUUCUUUUCAGAUCAAUUGAUAUCAUCAAUACCUUACACUGUGUAUUCUCAACUCAGCGCACUGUUGAUAAGAGACCGAAUAGAUUUAGCAGCGAAACUCUUCAACUUGACACUAGAAGAGGCAAUAUCACUAAAAGACAACACAGACCAUGAAUGCCAUGGUAUGGAUGCAAUUUUCCAACUGAUGAAGGAACGCAACGUGAAUCUUGGCCACCUGGUGGAAGUGUUGAGGGAGAUGCAGAGGUAUGAUGCCCUUAGUGUCCUCAUUAAAGCUGGCUAUCCUGACCAUCCAGAUCUUCAUCCAAGUGUUUCAGGUACAAGCUAUAUUCAAGGGUGAAGCAUUUACCCACUGCCACAUGGGUGAAAAUUUUACACUUUGUGUAUGUAGAAUUUAAUUUUUUAUCCAGUCAAAAAAUAUCUUUUUUUCUUUUGUGUGUUCUGUUUCCCUUCUUUCAUUUUUUUGUUUUUUUUUGCAGACAAAAAAAAAUUUAUGUGAUCUCUCUUUUUCAAAACCAAAGUAGACAUAGUUUCUUGCAUAUUUGAAAUGUUUUUAAAAUAAUAGAUAAACACGAUGAUCCAACUGUCUGUUAUUGAUGUUUCUUUAUUUUCUGUUGCUGGCACUUAAUUUAAAGAUAGAAAUGACAAUGACAAUGAUUGUGUUAAUGAUGUUGAUGCAUGUAUCUUGUGCAAGAAACAACCCAUCAGAAGACUACAAUAGGACUGUUAGGAAAUUAAAAUACACCCUCAUUAUUUCAAUUCUGUUUUUGGGUUAUAAAGGAAGUGACUCAGAUUAUCAGCAUCUCUUUGGUAUCACAAAGUGAGAAACUUAAAGGAUACCCAAGGGAGCAGAUUAAAAAAAUUUCUUUUAUUAGUUAUAUUAUUUAUUAAAUAUUAUUUCAGUUAUAUUACUUUUAAGGUAGUUCUGAGAAUCAGAGGGAGCUUGUAAUCACUAUUGUCUUGUCUUGUUUCAGAGGAGGAGAGCUCAGAAGAGGUGUUAACCCUGUCGCAGAGGGGAAGUAGCCAUGUGAACCCCUGAAGACCGUACAAUUAAUGCUUUGGAGGAGCUUGUUAAUUGUUUAACUAUUUCUCAGUAAACUGUUCAUAAGUGGAAACAAAGUUUUUUGUUCAUUUUCCUCUUCAAAUUAAGUUUCUGUUGAUGUAACUGAAAUGUUGAUCUAUCUCUUAUUUAUUUAUUUAUAUUCUUUUCAAAAUUAUUGGUUUGAAUGUCAUUAUAGUUUAUUUAUCAACAUUAAUUACUAAAUGCUACAAUACUGCUUGACGCAGGCUCUGUUAUAUCUUAGCUAGAACUGAGAAUUUUCAUAGCAAAAUGUCUAAUAUAUUUAUGGCAGAAUUCCCUUGCCACAGAAUACCAGUGAGAAAUGCCAGUCCUCUAAUUGUGAAAGGAAUGGAGUUAAAAAGUCAAAAUUGUGUCAAAGAUUUUAAUCAUACACAUGUUUUACUGUGUGCUGUAAGGGUCCUCCUUUUACAAAAUUUUGGUCAACCAAAAAAAAAACAAAAAUAAUAUUAAUUUCAUGUUAGAGACAGAUUUUGACAUCAUGAUUAUACUAUUGUACCUAUAUAAAUUUGGUAAAGGUUGCCAUGGGAAUUGGACCAAAAUUUUUUUUGGCCUUUUUUUAUCCAGAAUAGACAUAAUGUAACAGCCAUCAAUAGAUUAAAACUGUUCAUCCAUGUAGUAACCUUAAUAGUGUGUUACGGAAAAAACAAACAAAUAAAGAUGCAAACAAAAGAAGUUAAAAAAUACAAAAGCAAUCAAACUUAAAAAAAGUCACAAAAUAGGAAAAAAUUAUUCUUGUAAAGAUAAAUUAGGUAAUUUACCUCCUUUAAAAUACUUCAUUGUGCAUCAACUGAUAGUUAGCCUUAUCUAUAAAUAAAAUGAGUUGACAUUUUUCCUCUCAGAGUUGUUCACUUUGACUUUCUUACUGUAAUUCAUGAAAAUGAAUUAAAGGCUUGCAGUCUUCUCUAAUACUAAUAUUUGUAUCUCAGUAUGGCAUGACCUUCACUAUUUACUUGUUUUCCCCAUUGCAACGUACUGUGGCUGCAAGGAAACUGUUGCAAAUGAGAUGCAAAUUAGGUUUUUCAGCCCACAAUGGCAUUUCAUGGUUCCUACCCCAUCAACUGUUAAUUUUGGAUACUUAUAUCUACAUGUUGUUUAUUCAAACAAGUUUAUUCAAAGAAGUUUUAUGUGAAUUUUAUUUGUGUUUGUAUUGCUCUAUGUGAAAUGUUGAGCACAGGUCGAGUAACACCUUUGCAAAAUUUGUGGAAAGCAGCAGAUUUGUUUUAAUUCUAUAAGUUGCCAUAAAACUUAGGUUUUCAUAUUUUCAAAGUAUAUUGUGAACUUUCUACCGUCGUCUUAAGUUUGAAUUAGCACACAAUAAUUAAAUUUAGAACUCAACAGAGAAUGACAAUUAUAAUCUUAUGAUGAAUGAAAUUUUGAGAUUUAAUGAGAUCAAAGUUUUAAACAGAAUUAAUGGGGUAGCAAACUAUGAAUAAUCCACUUUCUCAUGUAAAUUUCAAACUUUUUUUGAUACAACGCUUUUUUUUAUGUUUUGGCUAGAAGGUUAAAUUUAACAGCAUUAUGCGCAACUUUAGCGCUUACAAUAUGAGCCAAUAUAUAGAAACAUGCACACAUACAUACAGACAAAGAAUUAAUGACGUUAACUGUCAGAAUGUCUUGAAAUAAAACACUGGAGAAUAUCAUUCCAUUUUCACUCAGGACUUUGAAACUGAAAGAUUCUGUUAAGUCGAAAAAUGUUAGUUCGCCCACGCCUGGCUACAUAAAGUCUGAAGGCAUUUUAAGGCUAAAAAUACAAAUGACAACUCAGAGGGGCUUUACCCAUUUGCACUUUCGAAAUGAGAGGAUAAAAAGGUCUUUUCACAGAUUAGGAAAAAUAAAAUUACCAUAUAUAUGUGAGAGAAAGAAGAGAUUUUUAAGUCCUAGUCGAGCCAAAAGCUGGGCUUAUUUCUAUACCUACAGUGCUGGACUUGCAAGUGUAAAGAUCAUAUUUUAAAUACGUAAGUGUCAUGAACAAAAACCUUUAUUACUGUUCGAAUAUGUUGAUAUUAGUUUGUUUCUAUAUCUUAUCGUUCGUGAUAGAAAUUGCAAACUUUCCUCUUGACUUCAAACAAUUGAAGCAAGAUUUAGAACUAUCCAAUGUCAGCCAUGACUGAGAUCAUCAAAAGGCUGAGGUAUCGCGCAGCAAAGUCUACUCAGUGUUACUUAAAUUGAUCACGAAAGCGAGUUUUACAGUUUCCCUAAUAGUUCGGAUUGAUUUCGAAGUACUGAUCACAAAUGUAUAUUUUUUUUCAUUCCUGUUGUUCUUUACCCAUUUUCUGCUGUUUUAGGUCUUUGUGUUUCAUCAUUUUUAAGAUGCACAAUUGUGCGAACAAACUUUUAUAUUGCAAUUACAAGGUCUUCAUAUAUCGCGACAGGGGAUUACUAAAAAUAGUCAUUUUCACUUUCUAUAUUCGUCGUAUCCGCGAGGUAUCGGCUGAGGUAUCGCGCAGCAAAGUCUACUCAGUGUUAUUUAAAUUGAUCACGAAAGCGAGUUUUACAGUUUCCCUAAUAGUUCGGAUUGAUUUCGAAGUACUGAUCACAAAUAUAUUUUUUUUAAAUUCCUGUUCUUCUUUACCCAUUUUCUGCUGUUUUAGGUCUUUACGUUUCAUCAUUUUUGAGAUGCACAAUUGUGCGAACAAACUUUUAUAUUGCAAUUACAAGGUCUUCAUAUAUCGCGACAAGGGAUUACUAAAAAUAGCCAUUUUCACUUUCUAUAUUCGUCGUAUCCGCGACGCAUCUUCUUUACAAGUUUCUAACCCACUGUUUAUUUUGAUCUGCGUCCAAAAAGCGUAAUUAAAAAAUGGGAAUAAAUAAUCACCAGUAGGAGUGAGACAAAGUGACUUGCUUGCGAAAGAAACUCUUCCCGUAAAAGAAGAGGAUUAAAAUGCUUCCCUCGCGACUACAUUUUGCGUAAUGAUUUUCAAAGCAGUAAAAGAUUUCUUACUUUUAACUGUAGUGGUGAAAGUGAAAGUAGUUCAAGCCGGAAUUGAUUCGAUGAUUAAAGCUUUUUUAGGACGGUACUUUAUCGGUCUGCUAUCAUUUAUUAUGAACACAGGAAUAGCAUAGAUCUCAGAACUUCCGUUUGAUGGCAGACGCUGCAAUUUGUUUGGCUACGUUACUCGCGGUCUAUCUCAUGUUGAAUGAGUAAUCUGAUAGUGUGCGAAUUUGAACAAAAUUAAAUAAAAACACGAACUUGUCGUGAUGUUAAUUUCGAUUAACUGAUUUCUUUUGUAAAAUUAGAUUAUUCCUGCGAAAUUUAUAUGCGUGAUAGUUGAUUCGGUCCACGUCCUUUCUCGUCAACUAUCACCUCAAUAGAAUUAUCGAGGUCAUAAUAUAAUCCUUAAAUAGUAAGUGCGUUGGAAUAGCCUUGGUCCAUUGCACAAAUUUUCUCUAGUUGUGCUGAGCAUCGCAAAUCCACUGAUUUCUCAAAGAAAAAGAGUCGCAAAAGCAGGAACGAUGUUAUCAAUAUCCUCACCAGUAGGAUAAUAACUUUCACCAGCCAUAUUGGUUAUUCAAAGUUAGAAUAGUGUUUGAAAACGGACAUUUUUCUAAUAAAGCAAUUUCAAUGAGCGGCAUGAUGAUAAUAAUAAACACAAAACAAAACAAGUACAUGUGAUUACAUGCUUACGAGUGCAAUUUGAUGUAAAUAAGCACGUGUACAUUUGUAGUCUUUGAAAAUUUGUCAAGUGCUUAUUUCACCAAAUUGAUUGUAAGAGAAAUGAUGUUACUACUUGUCAAUAGUGUACAAGAAAAAACAUCGCAGAAAGUCAUAACAGACGAAAUUUCAAAAGCUUACGCGCGCUGUUUGACAUUUGCACUCGUGUUACAACUUUGCACCCGCGUUACAUGAAAAUACACUUGUUUUCAGCUAAUCAGAAGCGCAUAAUUUUUUCAUGUACAUUAAAAGUAUAAUUCAUGCCAUUUGUAUUACAAUUUUGUCUCCUAGUGUUGACAAAGCUGAUGGCUGGGCUCCUACAAGGUACACUGAUGCUGCUUUAUACUUCCUAGACUUUUUUAAACGAAAGAGGCUUUCCACGCAAAUCAUGAGAAUACACAGCUAGGCGUAGAAAAAAAAACCACUUUGCUUCAGUUUCUUCCUUAAAGGAAACACUACUACAUUGUUUGAGGAAAGCCUCUCUGUUGUAACGAAUUGUCGCGUUACAACUGAAAACUAUAAGUGUAACCAUAAAAUUUGAACGAACUUCAUUGAUCGUAGCAUGCGAGCAGCCCUUACCAUUAACGCUGAUAGACACAAGUUUCUCCUCCCAAGGGAAAAUUUCAGAUGAGUCGGAUAGAGAUUAGCUGGGAGUCUGGCGCUAAUAAUGUUAGACCCUUCGAGGAUCGACCCCUCGUUGGCUCGUGUUGUUCAAGGCUUCCCACUUUCCCGCGGGCGAAGAAACGCUCGCGCCGAAGCUCCAGUAACGAGGGCUUUUUUGUACGCUACAUUAAUCGAUAGCCCUCUUCUGAUAUUUGUAUUUGCCUUUUUUUUUUUUUUUUUUUUAGCAACACAAGGAAAAUACUCAGUAUUCGUUACUGGGGGAAACGUCAAUGUUGGUUACAGAUCGCGAAUGACUUGUUACUCCGGGCAGCGAAGAGGUAUUGCUAAGAAUUAAAGAGUCGUACUAUGAUUUAGCUACUUGGUUUGGACAAUCUCUAUUGAUUCUAAAAUAGACAAAAAAGUAAAACAAAACAAAUCAAAAAGCAAACAAAAUGUAGGAAUAAUUCCAAAUGAUACUAACAAUAUUACUAGUAUUUAUGAUGUAUAUAAUGAUUAUGAUUAUAUUCAUAAAAAUACUGAUAAUAAUACAAAACGAAAACAAAAACAGAAAUAAAUGUCAGAUAUGUGAAAAACUGAGCAUUUUUUUUUUUUUUUUUGUAACAGCAAGCUACUCCACCGGUCCAUCAGUAAGAACAACUACAGAAAGAAUCACAGGCCCCGGUGAGAAUGUUUUCGUAAACCGUUAAACCCUUAAACCUCUAAGAGUGACUGGUUUCUACUUUCUCCUCACAGUAUCAUCCUUGAAUCAAAUAUGAAGGUCAUGAGAAUAAAGGAAAUGAUCACCAAUUUAAGAAGCUCCUGAUUGUCUGACAAAUUCUCCUUGUCAAUUCCAGAAGAAAUGUAAAAAGAAAAGUGCCAAGAAUAUAAUGACUAAUAUUAACUUGUAAACGUAUAACAUGACAGUUUUGUGUGGUUGCUGAGAUAUGCAUUUUUGGAAACAAAUUCAUGUAACUCGAAAUUACUAACAUUUUUGUAAGGCAUUGACCUUACAAAAACUGUUUUGACGCAACCGAAGUAAACUUCGAAACUUUUAUUUGCAUAAAAUAACAUCUUACUUUUAUUUCUUUUUCUGUCAAAGCACAAUUUCCUGACAUUUAUUAAAUUACUUAAGUCUAUAAGCAAAUGAAAACGUUUUGUCGCAUAUAUAUAUAUAUAUAUAUAUACAAGAAAAUUUAACCGCGUGUUCUAGAACUUUUCAAAAAGGACGUAAUUUGAAUGUAACACUUAAGCGCGUUUGGGGUAGAAUAAACAAUAAUUGAAAAAUUUCGCUUAUUCAAGAAAGGAUGUAGGCAUCUUUCAUCUUAAAUCGAGGAAACAUCAAGCAAAAAGAUAAGUUACCUCGAAUCACGAUAAAUAUGAAUACUCACCUUUAUUAAUUCUUUGGGUUUUUUUUGUUCUUGUGUUUGUUGUUUUUUUCGUUUUUGUCGUUGUGUUAGUUUGUUUUUGUUUUAAUUUUACAUUGGUUGUGUGUGUUAUUCAGAGCAACUAUUGAAAGAUGUCCCAAGUUCAACUCUCAGCGAGCUUGUUAUGUUGCUGAACAACCCUAGCCCCCUCAGAAACAAUUGGAAAGCCAUGGCGGCCGAGAUGUCUUUGAGCUUUCAAACAGUACAAAGUUUAGACUACUAUGGUGCGGAUGGAAUGAUGAAUGGGGUGCUCGAGAUAAUGUUUCAAAGAGCAAAAACAGUCCGGCACUUAGUGGAUAUGCUGAGGAAUAUCCAAAGGCCUGAUGUCAUUGCAAUCUUGGUUAAAGCUGGUUUGCAAGAGGGCGACGUACACCUAAUAGAUUUGAGUGGUAUGAAGAUGCAAAUCUAGUAUUUUUGUAAAAGUAUUUUUUUUCGUUAUUUUUAAAUAUUAUUCACUUCGGUGAAUAAUUGUUAAAACAAUUAUUGACCGAAGUGGAGGUGAAUAAUUGUUUUUGUAUAUACUACACAGAGACCAAAAUUGUUGGAAAUUAAACUGUCGACGCGCGAUUUUACGGAAUUUGAUAUUUGAAAAUCUAAUUGACUCCGUCUCAGAUUCAAGAAAUCUCCAUGAGAAGAUGCCUUCGGCUGCUUGAAGGUGAACAGUACUUGCUAACCACUUCCGAACUAGCCAAUCAGCUUGCGCGAAAAGUGCUAUUCGUCCGUGUGGUCUAUACUAAUUGUAAACAAUUUUUCACCGAGGUGAAGGUGAAUUUUCACCAUUUUAACCGUCACUGAGGUAAAUAAUUGUUUUAGGAUACGCUAGAGAGAUACCAAAAACUUAGUUUAUUUCUUUCAAGAUAUAACUAAAAACGGUCAGAAAUUAAACUCCUGACUCGCGUUUUUGUCUCAUACGCUGUUCUGCUAUUAACUUCUACAAACUUGUGGAACUAUGGGUUGUGGGUUAGAUAUUCAAUGUCUUAUUCUUAAUUAUUCUGUCGUAGAUGAUGCAAACACAGAAGACCUCAGUAACGACAAUGUCUCUCGUGUAACCAUAAAGACAACCAGCUCAACUAACUCCAUUGAUCACAAGCAAUCAAGUGGCCACACGCAUGCAUUAUGGGAAAACCCUAGCAAGGACACACCACGCCAAGGCAGUGUACCCGAAUCCUCAAAUGUUACAAAUAGCCGUAGGAGUCUUCAAGAGCCGUUAGACAACACCAUUCCCCGUGUUGAAUCAGACGGGGCGCCCUUCGGUACAGCUCUGGGUGUCUGCGUCGUGCCAGUAAAUAUCACCGCUGAUGAAAGACAUAAAGAGGAAGUUGUGGCACUUGAACGUCAAGAUUUUAAAAAUUCUAUUAUUUAUAGAAUAAUUAGGUUAAUAGUGGUCACUUAUUCCGUGUUACGUGAUAGCUUCAGCUUAGGGUCGAGGCAGAAGCACAUUGUAUCAAGUUGUGUAUAG